AAAUCUCAUAUUUACCAUUUCCACCCCUCCCUCUCCUCCUCUUCCAUAUCACCCCAAUUUCGACAUCCCAUGAGCAAAUGAGACGAAGAAGGACCCCACAUUUAUAAAAUUCAACAGAUCUAAUACCUGAGAUCUGUAAAUCUUACUUAUUUUUCUCUUCUCAUUCUGCCAUUAGAGGAGGAGGGUCCGAGAAGAAAUGGCUCGGGUCUUCGAGUAUUUCGUCAUUUGUGGUAUCGGACCGGAGAUCCGUUCCCUCGAUGGAAUCAAGGGAUUUCAAGGAACAGGCGUCAUGUACACGCCUUUCUUCCUCGACCAGUUCCCUCCUACCAAUAAAGCUCUAUACCCUCCGCCGCCGCCUCAGCUACCCACCUGUGUUCUGCCAGCAGGUGUGGAAUUCUAUUCUUCGGGGCUUGACCUUAAUGACGUCUCAACAUACCCACGAAGCUAUCCAAUAGUUUUAACUGAGGGAGAUGGCUCGAAAAUCUAUGUUAGCUGCAUUGCUUUUCGUGAUCCAGUUAGUGAGGACAUUGCUGAUGCAUAUCGCAUUCCACCGAAUUCCUUUGCUGAUAAAUGCAUUUGUCUGGUUUCACGUUCUCCCAGUUUUUUUGUCCUUCGGGACGCACUGGAAGAAUUGUUUACUCUUUGCUUUUCCCCUACUGGGAGCAGCAAGCCGUUAUGGGAAAUCAUAGCACAUAUGGUGAUGAAUGUUCCCUUGCCUACUCCUGGAAGGGAUCGUGUUCUAUUUGCUAUUGAGAACUGCCUUCUUUCUGUGGAUGUUCCACCAAAGGAAGGACUCCCGCAUGCUGAUAUAUCAUUUCAGCCAAUUGUGCAGUGCCUGGAUGUUGACAACUUAAUUAAGCUUUUUACUGCCGUGUUGCUCGAAAGACGGGUUCUGCUCCGGUCAAAUAAGUAUUCCCUUUUAACUCUAGUAUCAGAGGCCAUCUGCCAUUUAAUAUACCCAUUCAGGUGGCAGCAUGUCUACAUUCCACUGCUAUUUUUCAGUGGAGUAGACUACAUUGAUGCUCCUACGCCGUACAUGAUGGGUCUUCAUUCAGGGGUUGACACAUCUGGUCUUGCUAUGGAUGGUGUGGUUGUUGUGGACCUUGAGCACAAUCAUAUCAUUACAUCCGAAGAAAUACCUCCUAUACCAGAGCCUGAAUUUGGUUUUCUGCGUGGUGAGAUUAUGAAGUUAUUGUAUCCAAAAGUUGUAGCUAUAGAUCAGAUGAAGGUUAGUUUCGGUGGUACGUCUGAACUAUCUCUUAGAGGCAGCAGCAAGUCCUGGGGGGAAGAGCAUGACAUUCAGCUUAGGUUGAUAUUCUUAAGAUUCUUUGCAUCAAUUUUGAGUGGAUACCGUAAUUUCAUCGAAAAUUCUGCUACUCAUGGAUUCAACUCUCAAGCAUUUCUUAAGAAACGGUCUCGGUCAACUAAUCAACCACCGGAGCCAAUGAUAACACAAUUCUUAGAUUCUCAAGGUUUCAUGGAUUACCUGGAGAGAUGUAUUAGCUCAGAUGACAAUGCUAACAAUCUUCUCGACAAGUUACAAGAUGCAAUUGGGAGAGGUCAAAACCCUGCCGGAAUUCUUCCAUCUCCAUUAGCAGAGCCGGAGUUCAUAACUAUAUCAGACCCUAGUGUAGGAAUUACAGGAACUGGAGCCAAAUACUGUAAUGAUCGGUUUCCUUCAAACAUUAGAACAGAAGAGCAAGAAGAAAAGCGGAGAGCAAUUCUUGCAGCAGCAAGUGGAGCACUAGAUCAUUCAGGGAAGCAUACUCCCAGCUCACCUUCCAUGCUAGCUAGCAAGGAUUCGAAAGCAGAAAGUCUUAGUCCAAGGGAGAGGGCUGCCGAGCGAGAACGAAUGGUUCUGGACAUAAAAGUGAAACUGCAGGGAUUGUGGUUGCGUCUUCUGAAGCUUGGGGCAACUGAUGACCCUCUUGCAUCAUUUGAGUAUGGGACAAUCCUUGCUCUGAUCGAGUCCGAUGCGGAGGGGAUUGGAGGCAGUGGGUUUGUUGAAUGUAUCAGGGAACACAUCCAUUCAGGAUGGAGCUGUCGUCUGACUGAUGAGCAGUUUAUUGCGGUGAAGGAAUUGCUCAAAACAGCAAUCAAUCGUGCCACCUCGAGGAAUGACAUGUCAACUGUUAGAGAUGCACUGGAAGUAUCAGCUGAAAUGUAUAAGAAAGACUCUUGUAAUUCUUCAGAUUAUGUUCAGCGGCAUCUUCUUGCUUUGUCUAUCUGGGAUGAAUUGCGCUUUUGGGAAGGAUAUUUUGAAUAUCUAAUGGAACGUUCCUCAAACAAGUUGGCCAAUUAUGUAACUCUUGUGGUUGCACAGCUCAUAGUAGUGGAAUCACACAUGGCUGGCUUAGGGCUUCCUGAUACAGAGGCUUGGUGCAUGAUUGAGACAAUUGCGGAGAAAAACAACAUUGGAUACAAGCAGUUUAUAAAACUUAGGGGGUUGCUGUCACUUAUCCAACAACGGCGCCUCAAUUACUGGGGCACUUCCUUUGGGAAAUCCCAGUCCUUUUCAUCUUAUGGAUUGCCAUCCCCGCGUUCGCAAGAUGCAGCAGAUGAAAGCCAGCAACCUGCUGAGGCCUCUGGUGUGGGACGAAGCUGGGUGCAGAGCAUGUUCAGCAGAGAAAGAACGGACUCUUUUAGCCGUGUUCGUAAGUGGACUUCUGAUAGCGGAAGUUUAGCUGCAAAUGAGAAUGUGAAAAACACUGCUUCUCCUCGCAAACCAGAGUUACCUUCUUCAGUCCAGAAGAAAGUCCAAUCCAGCGUUCGCGUACUUCGGGGUCAUACAGGUGCUAUUACUGCUCUUCAUUGCGUAACAAGAAGAGAAGUUUGGGACCUGGUGGGUGACCGUGAAGAUGCAGGUCUUUUUAUAAGUGGAAGCACUGAUUGCAUGGUUAAAAUCUGGGAUCCUAGCCUUCGUGGUUCAGAACUGAGGGCAACACUGAAAGGACAUACUAGGCCUGUUCGUGCAAUUAACUCUGACCGAAGUAAGGUAGUAUCAGGAUCUGAUGAUCAGUCUGUAAUUGUCUGGGAUAAGCAAACAUCACAGCUUCUAGAAGAGCUCAAGGGCCAUGAUGCUCAGGUCAGCCGUGUACGGAUGCUAUCAGGAGAGCGUGUCCUUACUGCUUCACAUGAUGGCAGUGUAAAAAUGUGGGAUGUGAGAACAGAUACUUGUGUGGCCACAGUUGGGCGUUGUUCGAGUGCGGUCCUGUGUAUGGAAUAUGAUGACUCCACAGGGAUCUUGGCUGCUGCUGGAAGAGAUGCGGUUGCAUACAUUUGGGAUAUCCGUGCUGGUAGGCAGAUGCACAAGCUUCUAGGGCACACAAAUUGGAUCCGGUCAAUAAGGAUGGUUGGAGACACCGUUGUCACUGGUAGUGACGAUUGGACAGCUAGGAUAUGGUCCGUUUCUCGAGGGACAUGUGAUGCUGUUCUAGCAUGCCAUGCUGGUCCAAUUUUAUGUGUGGAGUACUCGGCAUCAGAUAAAGGAAUAAUUACUGGGUCAGCUGAUGGACUGGUCCGAUUUUGGGGAAAUGAAGAGGGAGGCAUAAGAUGUUUGAAGAAUGUAACUGUUCAUUCAGCUUCUAUUCUAUCAAUCAAUGCGGGGGAUCAUUGGCUUGCUAUAGGAGCAGCAGAUAAUUCCAUGUCCCUCUUUCAUCGGCCUCAAGAAAGACUUGGUAGUUUCUCUAGCACAGGGUCAAAGGUGGCAGGAUGGCAGCUCUAUCGAACUCCUCAGAAAACUCUUGCUGUGGUACGUUGUGUGGCGUCUGACCUUGACAGGAAAAGGAUAUGCAGUGGCAGUCGCAGUGGGCUCCUUCGGCUAUGGGAAGCCACCAUCAAUAUCUAGCUUUAUCUUGUUCUAUGUAAGAGAUGAAGAAUACGGAACUGUAAGUGGUAAGAUAAAAUGCUUGGGUGAGCGAGACAUUCUUUGCUAUUUGAGAAAUACUGUAGUGGUAUGGCAGUCUGAAAACAUUUUGUAAUCUAUCGAAAUCUUUGUUUUCACUUGUGGAGCGGAGCCAUGAUCCAAUGUGAAUUCUUCUUACACCUAUGAUCUUCAAUACCAUCGUUAGAUUUCUCUAACGGUAGUAGAUAGAUUAAGUGGCUUUCUUUC